UGACGCGUAAUGCGCAAUAUCGGGGUCGCGGGCUACAGGCAGACAGUUAGCGAUAGUGUCCCGUGUCAGCUGGUGCCCGCCACAUGUUUGUGAAAUAACCCGACUGUAGGCGUGUCACCGGUUUAUAAAUAACUCCAGUCGAGUCACCAACUGCCGUCUGAUGUUCAGUGCGUGGUCCUAAGUUCUAAUCAAUUCAACUGUAAAUACUAAAGUGUAAUAAGCAUUAUUGGAGAUGGAGUCAACGGAGACAGAUGAUACCUUCGACGUCAAUAAACGCAUCGAGCGUUCACCUAUGGACGAUCAUGAUGUUCAGGACAUGAAGAGAAAAACAAGUAUCUUCAAAUAUUAUUCUUUCAAAUCCACAGACAUAUUGCCUGGCUCUCUGAAGAGAGCAGGACCUCUAAUUGGAGUUCUCGAUGUUGGCACUAGAACCAUUCGAUUUGUGGUGUUCAAUGCAAAACGAGUUGCUGAGGUUGCGCAUCACUCUAUCGAUAUUGAGUUGCUGAAUCCACAAGAGGGAUGGGCUGAGCAGGAUCCCAAGGAGAUCCUCUUUGCUGUCAAAGCUUGUAUUAAGGAUGUAAUCAAGCAGUUGGAGGAACUUGGCCUCAGUGUCAGUGAGAUUGUUUCCAUUGGUAUCACUAAUGCUAGAGAGACUACGAUAGCCUGGGACUCGACGACUGGCGAGGCUCUUCAUAAUACGAUUGUUUGGUCUGAUAUCCGUGCAGAUUCUAUGGUAGAUCAGAUAAUAGCUAGAUUUCCAGAUCAGAGUAAAAAUCAUUUAAAGCCGCUAUGUGGUCUACCAGUGAGUCCAUAUUUCUCAGCAUUGAAGAUACGAUGGCUGAAACAAAACGUACCAGCUGUAAAAAAAGCUAUGAGAGACAAAAGGUGCAAAGUGGGGACUAUGGAUACCUGGAUUAUAUGGAACUUGACUGGCGGAAAAGAUAAUGGCCUUUACAUAACAGACGUGACAAACGCUUCACGAACAAUGCUGAUGAACAUCGAAACACUUGCAUGGGAUCCAACAUUAUGUAGAUACUUCGAUAUUCCCAUGAAACUCUUACCAGAAAUUCGAAGUAGUUCCGAAGUAUAUGGGAGAAUAACAGUGGGCCCCCUGGAAGGUAUUCCGAUAGCCGGGAUUCUAGGGAAUCAACAAGCCGCUCUAGUCGGUCAGAACUGUCUGAAGAAAGGUCAAGCGAAGAACACUUACAGAAGUGGAUGUUUCCUAUUAUUGAACACUGGAACAACACGUGUAUAUUCUUCUCACGGUUUGGUAACAACAGUGGCAUACAAAAUGGGCCCGAACAGUCCAGCAGUAUACGCCCUGGAAGGCUCGGUGGCUGUUGCUGGAGCAGCCAUAAAAUGGUUACGUGAUAAUCUAAAACUCAUCAAAGACGUCAACGAGAGUGAGGACUUGGCACAGAGUGUUUUCAGUACUGGCGAUGUUUACUUUGUCCCAGCAUUCAAUGGUUUAUAUGCUCCAUAUUGGAGGAAAGAUGCCAGAGGAAUUAUUUGCGGUCUCACAGCAUUUACAACCAAGCAGCACAUAAUACGAGCCUCGUUGGAAGCUGUCUGUUUCCAGACAAGGGAUAUUUUGGAAGCUAUGAAUAAAGACUGCGGGUUUCCGUUAACGAAACUCCAUGCCGACGGAAAAAUGUCUACAAAUAAUCUACUGAUGCAGCUCCAGGCCGAUCUAUGCGGUAUACCUGUGUUUCGGUCGAAAAUGCCAGAUAUAACGACGCUAGGUGCUGCUAUGGCCGCUGGACAAGCAGAAGGUAUUGGAGUUUGGGAUUUAGAGGGAGAAGAAGUUGAAACUGUACCGUCGGACACAUUUUUACCAACGACUACCCCCGAAGAACGAGACUCCAGAUACAAGAAAUGGAAAAUGGCUGUGCAGAGAAGUUUAGGAUGGGCAGCAGUGAAAAUGUCCGAUCAAAUGACAGAUGAGAGAUACAGGAUAUUGGCAUCGAUUCCAGCCAGUUGGUUCGUAAUGUCGAGUUUCAUUCUUCUACGAUUAAGUUACUACUUCGAAAAUCGAUGACAAUGUUCACUGGAAUUGACCCGCAUCUAAAUUGCUGAGCAGAAUCUUAGUGAAUUCAACGAAAAUUGAAUAUGUUCAAUAGGUAGACUACAAUGAAAAAGAAAAAUUGUUCAAGUGAAUAUUUAAACAGGCAACAAUUCUGCGUUUCUAGUGACUGCUUGCAGGUAGAUCCAGACUCACCAACCAUGCCAACUGUGUUUUUGCGCUCCAAUGAUCUUUUUCAUCUAUUUUGGUCUCUUAAAAAAUCUUGAAAAACUCGAAUUUAUCAAUUUUUGUACAGAGACAAAAUGUGAUUCUUUUUCGUGUCAUUUUGGUACUUAAAUAUUUAUUCAACUGGUGGACAUUUUUUAAACGUUUUUCUCAUAUUUUUAUCAUUGUUAUAUUUUCAUCCAAUGCAUUAACUUGCCCUGCGCUCAAUUCUAAAAUUAACGUAUUUUUAGUUGAAUAUUUGUUUGAGAUGAUUAUAGUAUUCAAGUACAAAAAAACCAUGAAUUUUCAAGUUGAUUUUAAACACCCAUGCUCUUUACGAUUGUAUUUUUGAAUUAUCUUUUUGCCUGUUAAUUUGUACAAAAGAGUGGGAAUGUGGUACAAUUACUGAAGUAUUUAUUACAGUGAAUUCAAGGACAGAUUCGCAACGAAACUUUCAUUGAAUCUGUGCAUUCUUCUCACUUCGCAAAUUGUGCUGUUAAAGUCUCGCUAAGUUUUUCGAAAUUAAAUAGAUCACUAUACAAAAUGUAUUUUCAAGAUGAAUAAUUAAUAAAAAUGACAAGUUGAUAAAAGGAA